AUGAAUGUUGAAUCAGAUUUCGCUACGGGUGAAGAUUUGAGAUCUACAAUUUAUGAAGAGAGAUUACCCGAUACUACAGAGUUUGUUGAAUUAUUACAUAAUAGGGAGGGUGAUAUGGAUGUUGAAUCAAUUUCUGAGGGAUUACCUGAUGCUGCAAGGAAGAGUUAUCUACUGUUACGAAAUCGGAUGAAAUUCCCCAAGAAUUAA